AUGAAGGGCCUAGCUUUACUGUGGGUUCUCUGUUUUACAGCGUGGCGAGGCAUUGCUGCUGACGCAGUCGCUGAGUGUAACUGUGAUUUUGAAGACGGCUGGUGUUGCUGGCAAAACGAUCCAGAUAAUGGCGAAGACUGGGACCUGGGCACGGGCGAAUCGGAAAGACUUACACACUCAGGCCCACCGGCUGACCACACGACUGGAACGCAAGAUGGUUACUACAGCUUCGUCGGUCAGCUCUCGCAACUUUUACCAGACAAUACAGCUAGACUGGUAAGCAGCAAUACAUUCGACAAGGAUCUGUGUCUGACCUUUUGGUAUCACAUGUACGGAAGUCAGUUGGGCACGUUUGAAGUGAUAAUAGAGAGAGAUGGAGUUUCAAAUUCGAUAUUCAAGCGAGAAGGAGGUUUGUCGGUUGAGUGGCUGAGUGCCCAACUACGAACGGAGGAAACCAGAGACUAUAGGGUAGUCUUCGAAGUCGUUGGUGGUGUGACAAAUGUCGGAACCAUUGCGAUUGAUGAUAUCAUGUUUUAUGAGGGCGAAUGUCCCCCGAGAAAGACCUGUGGAUUCGAAUCCGCCGACAUGUGUGGAUACACCAAUCAUCCGGAAAAUGAUUUCGACUGGGAAGACAUCCAGGCCAUUGAUCAUAAACAAGGACCCGGAUAUGACGUCACUACAGGAUCACCAUCAGGCUAUUACAUGUACAUCGAAUCGGAUGCAGCAGAAGGUUUACAGUUAGGACGACUUAUUUCACCGGAGUAUCGCCAUACCUACAAUAGCUUGUCGUGUCUACGUUUCUGGUACCACAUGCAAGGGGACGACGGAUCCACUUUAAAUGUGUAUCAAGCACCAUCGAACUCAACUACUGGUAACCUCACUAAAAUCUACAGCACGAUGUAUGACCAGGGUGCCUUCUGGCACGUUGCUGCAGUCCAAUACAGAAGUUACGGUAACCACCGUAUUGUAUUUGAAGGAACAACACACGAAAGCGGAAUGGAUUUCGAUGUUUCUUUAGACGAAGUACUCAUUAAAGAAGGACAUUGUAGCGGCGCUCAAGCCACGUGUAAUUUUGAAGUUGAUCAGUGUACUUGGAUGAACCUUCGUCACGGUGAAGACGACUUUGACUGGUUACGAUACACGGGUGCCUCGUCUGCCCUUUCUGAUUUGACUGGGCCCCAGAAAGAUCACACUACUGACUCAGAAAACGGUUGGUACAUGUACCUGGAGAGUGCUCCGCCAGGAGAUCGUUACGAUAUUGGUCGUAUGGUGUCCGAUGUUUUUAUGCCAGGAGAAGACCGGUGCUUUCAGCUGUGGAAUUUUAUGUUUGGUGCAUUCGAAGCACCUGGAACCAUCCGGGUUCUUGCUGAGUUCACCGACGGAUCAGGGGAAGUCUUACUAUGGAGCAAGACUGGUAACCAGGGAGACCAAUGGUUUGAAGGACUUGCACAGAUGCCAACUAAUAUGGCUUUCAGAGUAGCCAUUGAAGGGGAAUUGGAUAAAUUGGGCGCAGGUGACCUUGCUGUGGAUGAUACCUUUAUGCAUGACGGACUGUGUUCGGACAAACCCGGUGAAGAGGAUUUCGUCUGUCACGAUGAUUCCACCAGAGAAUUAGAUGCAUCACUCAGAUGUAACUGGGUGCUAGACUGUGAGGACGGCAGUGAUGAAGUAUAUUGCGGCUACUACAUGUUGACGGAAGCUCACACGGGGUCUGUCUUUAGUGGCUCAACGAUGAGGAGUCCAACUGUCAGGGAAUCCUCUUCCACCUGUAUGCUAUAUUUUUACUAUCACAUGUAUGGAGACCAUAUCGGUAAAUUAGAUGUAUGGAUUAAUCAGAACGGCGGACUGAAAACACGGAUAUGGAUGGCACGUGGGAGUGCUGGAGAUGAGUGGCACAUUGCAUCCACUGUAAUUGGUCGUGUAACUACAGAUUGGUGGUUAACGUUUCAGACAACUCCUCUAUUUAACGAAGAAGGUGACAUUGCAGUCGAUGGCAUAAUUGUAUCAGACUGUGCAUUUCCAGUUGCAGAGUCGACCUGUUCGGGAGAAAAGUUUUGGUGCGAUAACGGUGCAUGUAUUAAAGAUAGCAAUCAAUGUGAUUUUACUGACGACUGUGGCGAUCGAUCGGACGAAGAUGGUUGUGAUGAUCUGGGGUAUCAUGGAUGUAAUUUUGAACAUGGCUGGUGCGGCUACACAAACAGCGAAGAGAAUGUCAAUGCUGAAUGGUGGGAACAUCAAGGCUUAGCAUCUGAGAUCGGCGGCGAGACAGGUCCAGCCAGGGAUCAUACCACAAAUUCAGCGACGGGAUACUACCUCUAUGUCGACACAAGAUUCCCUGUUCGAUCAGGUGAUAGAGCGAGGCUUUUGACAGUCAACUUUGAACCCGGAACGUGCGAACUGCGUUUCUACUUUCAUUUAUGGGGCGAUCAUGUCGGUCGAUUUACUGUCUAUACUCGAACUGAAAUCAACGGCCAGAUGAAGACAUUGUUCUCUGCAGAGAAUGACCACGGCGACUUUUGGAUUAAACAGGUUGUUCAGUUAGAUGAAACAGAAGUAUUCCAGGUGGUAUUUGAACUAAUUGUAGGUAGCGGUUUGUGGGGUGAUGUGGCUCUUGACGAUGUUGUUGUAACACCGGAAUGUCCGGUUUCAAACGAUGAUCUCCCCGUCGUCGAGCCACAACCAGCGACCCCAUCUCCAUGUGCUACAGGAAUGUUUGUAUGCGGCGAUGGCACGUGUAUUGAUGAAGAACUUAAAUGCAACUACAAAGUAGACUGUCCUGACGGGUCUGAUGAGACAGUGUGCGGUGAAUGCGAUUUCGAAGUCGACCAGUGUGGUUGGUCAGAUGCCAGCUCCGGCGCUUACCGUUGGAAGCGAUACCACAUCACCGACAAUACAGCUUCCCAUGCGCCAGCUACUGAUGGAGCUGGGAGAACAGAUGGUCAUUACAUGAUGAUAGUAGGAGACCUAUCUCUAUUUUACUUCGCUGGCAUAAUGGUCACGGAUGCGGGAAUCAUGGGUCAAAGCUGCAAGGUAUCCUUCAAAUACCAUAUCAGCGGAAAUGACGUAGGAGCCACGGCACUGCAAAUGCAGAAUCCUGAUAGGUCACUGCACGUGUACAUGCUGUGGUUUAAGCGAAAUGAUCAGGGUACGGAUUGGAAGAGGGCCGAAGUCUAUAUGGGAGAGCAUGAAGACUUUAGAUUGGAUUUUGAGUCUUACCCAAUAGCUGGCACCUUCACCGGAGACGCUGGUGACAUCUGCGUAGAUGAAAUAGUUUAUAUAGACUGUCAUCCUGAUGACAACAAACCAUAUGUCAGUGAUUUAACGUGCGAUUUUGAAAUAGACAUGUGCGGAUGGCAGCAGGAACCAAACGAUAUUGAUGUCGAUGACUUUGACUGGAAGCGUCGGUCUGGAACGGGGCCAACAAUUUCAACAGGCCCAGAGCACGAUAAUACAAAAUAUCCUGGCUCGGAUGACGGAACGUAUUUGGUUGCUGAAAGUACAGUACCAAUGACUGAAAAAAGAGCCGUGUUUGUUACCUACCCGCAGCCCGCUACUACUGAAAUGUGUCUGACGUUUUACUACCACAUGUACGGUGCAACGGUUGGCUCACUCACGUUAAGACAACGUCAACUUGGCUUUGCUGCAUUCGACGUAUUCAGAAAGGAGGGCACUCUUGGAAACGAAUGGCACAAGAUGCAAAAGACCUUGGGGUUAGACGAUGUGCAAUUCCAGUUCGAAUUUAUCGCUGAUAUGGGCAAUGGCGUUUCAAGUGAUAUUGCAGUCGACGAUAUAGAAUGGACGGAAGGAGAGUGUCCACCAUCAUUGUGGUGUGACUUUGAAGGCCGUGAAUGGUGUGAUUGGACUAAUGACGAAACCAAUGACUUUAAUUGGCGACGAGGACGCGAUGGCACGAUGUCUGACAAUACUGGGCCAACUGUGGACCACACUACCGGGACAGAAGACGGAUGGUACUUGUUUAUUGAAACGUCUUGGCCAAGACGGGAGGGAUGGGAAGCCAGGCUUCUCAGUGCAGUUAUUCCGGGUGGAACGACAGAGUGCUUGGAAUUUUGGUAUCACAUGUCAGGAGACGAUAUAGGUUCGCUGUAUGUAUACACUAGAACGGUAGACACGGGAGGGGAGAGUGAGACGGUUUGGGAGAAACACACCGACCAAGGAAACCAGUGGCGUUAUGGAGUGUACGAAGCAUAUGCCCCAUUCGACUAUCAAAUUGUUAUCGAGGGCGUAAGGGGAGGUGACACUAAAGGAGAUAUUGCAAUCGACGAUCUCUAUCCCAAAGUUGGUUCCUGUGGAAUCCCUGGUCACUGCACAUUCGAUGGCGGCAAUAUGUGUGGAUGGACUAAUAAUCGCGAUGCAGAUGAUUUUGAUUGGCAGCGUGACAAGGAUGGUACUCCAACUUCGGGAACCGGUCCUCCCAGGGACCACACAACAGCCUCUGCCGCUGGUUACUACAUGUACACUGAAUCAAGCUCCCCUGUGACCCAGGGAUGGAAAGCAUGGCUCACCAGCGAACACUUCGAUCCCACACCCGAUGGUUGCUUUAUCUUCUAUUACCAUAUGCACGGAUCAGACAUGGGAAUGUUAAGAGUGUACUAUGCUCACGCCGAACAAUUGGGAAGCCGAACAGAAAUCUGGAGUAAAAAAGGAGACCAAGGCGAUGACUGGAAGGAAGUGAGAAUCAGUAUAAACCUUGACUACGAAUUUCAAAUACUUAUUGAGGGCAUCCGGGGUAACGGUCAAAAGAGCAAUAUGGCUAUUGAUGAUACCGAGAUGUUUUACGGAAAUUGCGAUGAUUAUGUACCACCGAACUAUCCUGAAUAUUCGUCAACCAAUACGGGUGCUAUUGUCUUCACUUGUAUUAUUCUCACAUUAUUGAUUAUUGGAUGUUUGAGUGGUGUGUGUGUAAGUUUCAAAAAGAGCACGCCAGCAUCUACGGGCUUUGACUCGUCAAUAGACAACCCUGGAUAUGGUAUGCCGUCACAGGACCAUGGAGCCGCACCAGUUACCCUACCAUCGACAACUAAAGAUACAGCAACCUUGUAUGACGUUAUUAUUCGUAAGCAGAAUGUUGAACUUUCUGAGACUCAUAGUAAUUUUACCAGUAGCAAGAAAUCAAAACGUCGCAUUGACGAUACUGAGCGAGAUCAAGUUAGAGAAAAUCGGCGAACUGCCAGGCAAAAGACACAAAAGUGGCAUAAUGCGACUGCGCAUGAGUGUGAUUGCGAUUUUGAAGUUGAUUGGUGUUGCUGGAGCAACGAUGACGACAACGACAGAGACUGGGAGAGAGAUACAGGAUCACAGGGAGUAACAAACUCUGGUCCACCCGCCGACCACACGACUGGGUCACAAGACGGAUAUUACGCGUACGUUCGACAGAUAUCCCAACUCUUACCAAACAGUUUUGCCAGACUAGAAAGCCCAACACUCAGUGGUGAAUACUGUCUUGGAUUCUGGUUUCACAUGUAUGGUAGCAUAUUGGGAUCACUGGAGGUCAAAAUCGAGACAACAAGGUCGACAACCAUAUUUCACCGGGAAGGUGGUUUAUCCGCUGAAUGGCUUUACGCACAAGUACGAACCGGUGAAACAAGAGACUACAAGAUCGUUUUCGAAGUUACUGGUGGCUUACUAAAUGUAGGUUCUAUAGCGCUGGAUGAUGUUAUGUUAUACAGCGGCAGCUGUCCCCCACGUGAAAAAUGCGGUUUUGAGUCGUCGGACUGGUGUGGUUAUGAAAAUGACCCAAAAAAUGAUUUUGAUUGGACAGAUACGAAGGCUUCUGAUCAUCACUCAGGACUGGGCUAUGACGUCACAACGGGGACGGGAGAAGGUUAUUAUAUGUACGUUGACACCGAUGGUGGCGCUGUCGGAGAGACAGGCAGACUACGUUCCCCAAAACAUGCCGCUACUAAGGGAGAUGCCAGUUGCAUAACCUUUUGGUAUCACAUAGAAGGUGACGACGAGAGUGAACUAAGGGUAUAUAUUGACACGCUGAAUGGGACAUUAAUCGGACCAAUCUGGAGCACCCACUUCGACCAAGGAGCGUUCUGGCAUAUUGGCGCGAUACAUCACGUGACUCUACAGGACCACCAUAUUGUAUUUGAAGUCGAGAUUGGUUCAACCGGAUUGCACGAUAUAUCGAUUGAUGACGUCAAGAUUACGAAUUCCAGGUGCAGUGGAUUUCGGGCUAGCUGUACUUUCGAAAUUGAUCAGUGUACCUGGACCAAUCUUCGCAAUGGGCAAGAUGACUUCGACUGGAUACGAUAUACGGGUGCUGCAACCGCACUCGAAGAAUUGACUGGCCCUCAAAAAGAUCACACGACUGGAACAAAACACGGUUGGUACAUGUACUUAGAAAGCGCUUUACCCGCCGAUAGGGAGGAUAUCGGACGCAUGGUUUCCGAUGUAUUUAUGCCAGAUUUAGAUCGCUGUUUCCAGCUGUUCUACCAUAUGUUUGGACCUGCAGACGCCCCGGGACAUAUUAGGGUGCUCAGAGAGUUUACUGAUGGAACAGAAGAGGAGCUUUGGACAAUGUCUGGCGAUCAGGGCGAUCAGUGGUUCGAGGCACUGAUUGAUGUACCUAUACCAGAGUCAAAUGUUGGAUAUAGGAUGGCAAUUGAAGGUGAAAUUGAUCGAAUUAUUGCUGGUGAUCUCGCAAUUGACGACACCCGCAUGUAUAACCUGCCCUGUGUGUUUCAACCAGAGGAACCCGAUUUUGAAUGUCUGGAUGGUUCCGAUAUCAUUGAUCCGUCAAGGAGAUGCGAUUGGAAUGUAGACUGUAAUGAUGCAUCGGAUGAGAAGGACUGUGGUGAGUGCAACUUUGACGUGGAUAUGUGUCGCUAUUUCGACUCUAGCAGAGGUGACUACCAGUGGGAGUGGGCCAGCGGAUCAACGAUAACAGAGGGCACAGGACCAUCCUAUGAUUUUACUACGGGCACUGAUCAAGGACAUUACAUGUUAGCCGAAGCACACACCGGAUCGAUAUUCAGCGGAUCUACCUUGAUAGGACCCAAAGUCAGAGAAGCGUCUUCUAGCUGCCAGUUGGAGUUUGGUUAUCACAUGUAUGGAGAUAACGUCGGUAAGCUGGAAUUAUGGUUCGUACAAAACAAACAGCUGACACGCCUGUGGAUGUCAAGAGGUGACGCAGGUGACGCGUGGCAUAUCGCCACUGUGCCGAUUGGUCGCAUUUCGACUGACUGGAUGCUCAUUUUUAUGUCAACGCCAUUAAUUAACGAGAGGGGCGACAUCGCAAUCGACGGUAUCGUCUUAUUUGGCUGCGACUUCCCUGCUGUAACUGGGAGUUGUGGCUCUGGAGAAUUUACAUGUGAUAACGGCGCAUGCGUAAGUACGGACGUGACGUGUGAUUUGACAGACGACUGUGGAGACCAGUCUGACGAGAGUGACUACAUUUGUGAUGGUUAUCACUUCUGUGAUUUCGAAGUUGGAUUGUGUGGUUAUACAAAUGGCGAUGACAACGAUGCUGACUGGUGGCGUCAUCAAGGAUUGUCGUCAGAAAUCAGUAUGCAAACGGGACCAUCUCGGGAUCAUACAUUAAAUAACGCUAUUGGACACUAUGUGUAUGUUGAUGCCAGGUUGCCAAGAAGACCUGGGGACGUAGCAAGACUUUACACAUCAAAUUUUCAACCAGGAGACUGUGAAUUGACCUUUUAUUACCAUAUGUGGGGCGAACAUUUAGGAUUAUUUAGUGUAUACACACGGACUGAAAUCAACGGACCGAUGAAGCAUUACUGGUCUUGGGCAGAUAACAUUGGAGAUUACUUUGUCAGAAAGAGUAUGAUGUUGUCAGAAACCAGCAACUUUCAGAUUGUUUUUGAGGUUAUUAUUGGUGUGGGUCUUAAAGGUGACGUGGCUCUUGAUGACAUAAUAGUAGCACCUGAGUGCCUGGAAUAUAGUGGCGAUCUACCCGUUGGUGAACCAGAACCAACGGAACCAUCACCAUGCGAUGCAGGAUACAUUCAUUGUGGCGAUGACUACUGCAUACCAAUAAAUGAGAUGUGCGAUUUCAAAGAACAAUGUCCCAAUGGUAUCGACGAACAAGUAUGUGGUACUUGUAAUUUUGAGGAUGGUCAGUGUGGAUGGAGGGAUGCAAGUUCAGGGGGAUACCGAUGGGAAAGGUAUCACACGACCGAACAUACAUCGGAACACGCACCGGGUAUUGAUGGUGCAGGCAGAGAAGAUGGUUACUACAUGCUUAUAAGGGGACAGUCGUCUCUAUUUUACCUCGCUGCGUUCAUGGUCACCGACAUGAGCGGUGAAAUUGGACAAAGCUGUAAAAUUAGUUUUAUGUAUCACAUCAGCGGCGAAGAGGUGGGCAUAACGUCGCUUCAUUUGGCCGACCCUGAAGAUGCCCUGAGGCUGUAUAUUUUGUGGAUACGUCAAAACGAUCAGGGAUCUGAAUGGAGAAGGGCCGAAGUUGUGGUCGGUAGCCACGGCCCUGGAUGGAGAUUCGAUUUCGAGUCUUAUCCACUAUUGGGCACCUUCACCGGAGACACUUCAGAUAUCUGUGUGGACGAAAUUGAGUUCAUCGACUGUCACCCUGACGACAAUGACGAAUCUGCCAGCGAACUUACGUGCGACUUUGAAAGUGGUACAUGUGGAUGGUUUCAGGAACCAAACGAUAUUGGAAUAGACUUUUUUGACUGGGAGUUGAGAUCAGGGAGAGGACCUCAAAAAGCCACAGGACCAGACGCUGACCAUACUCUAGGAACAUCUAAAGGAACCUACUUCGUUGCUCCUGGUAUCGGAAAUACGCACACAUGGUCGUUAAUCAGCACGUAUCCACAGCCAAAAUCGUCACCCAUGUGUCUCGAGUUUUACUAUCACAUGUAUGGCGCUACUGUUGGCACACUAAAUCUAUUUCAACGCCGACUCGGUUUCGUUCCCACCGUGGUGUUUUCAAAGACCGGAACCUUUGGAAACCAAUGGCAUAAAUAUCAGAAAACACUGGGCAUAGACGAUAUUCAGUACCAGUUUCACUUUGAAGCCGCGAUCGGCAGUGGUGAUUCCAGCGACAUCGCUAUUGAUGAUAUCUCAUGGACAGAAGGAGAAUGUCCCCCUUCACUGGUGUGCGAUUUUGAAGGACGCGAGUGGUGUGACUGGACGAACGAUGAUGAUGCAAACAUGAGAUGGCGUAGAGGGCGUGACGGCACAAUGUCGGACAAUACUGGUCCUAAAGUAGAUCAUACGACGGGCACGCCAGAGGGUUGGUACCUGUACAUUGAAACAUCCUUCCCACGACUUCCCGGCUGGAAGGCAAAACUGCUUAGCAUGACCAUAGAGGGAGGAACCACGGAGUGUCUGGAGUUCUGGUACCACAUGUAUGGCGACGAUAUUGGUGCCCUACGCGUGUAUGCUAGAGAUGUUGAAACCGGCGGAGAAAACCCGAUCACAUGGGAGAAGUCGUCUAAUCAGGGUAAUAUGUGGCGUUAUGGUACAGCCGAAUUAUACAGCGACUAUGAUUACCAAAUUGUGAUAGAGAGUGAAAAAGGAGAUGAUACGAAAGGCGACAUUGCGAUUGAUGAUCUACUUCCUAAGAUUGGUUCCUGUGGAAUUCCGGGACACUGUACAUUUGAUGACGGCAAUAUGUGUGGAUGGACGAAUGCCCGAUCCAAUGACGAAUUUGAUUGGCAGCGUGAUAAUAAAGACACACCUACUGACGGAACUGGACCAGACAGGGACCACACAACAGCCUCCGAUAAAGGAUAUUACAUGUACACGGAGUCUAGCAGCCCAGUGACCCAAGGUUGGUCGGCGUGGCUGAUUAGUGAACAUUUCGAUCCGGUGGACGAGGAGGGUUGCUUCGUUUUCUACUACCACAUGAAAGGCGCAGACAUGGGAGUAUUGAGAGUUUAUAUAAUAUGGCCAGAAUUACCAGAGACGAAAGAAGAAAUAUGGAGUAAGAGUGGAGAUCAAGGGGAUGACUGGAAGGAAGUGCGAUUGCCGAUAAAAAGUCAAUACGAGUUCCAAUUAAUCAUUGAAGGCGUCAGAGGAAGUGGCGAUAAAAGCAACAUGGCGAUUGAUGAUACCGAAAUGUUUUACGGAACCUGUGAUGACUAUGUGCCACCAGCAUACCCAUCAUACUCAUCAUCAAAUACGGGUGCUAUUAUAUUUACUUGUAUUCUACUGGUCAUACUUAUUAUUGGUAUUCUUGCUGGAGUCUGGUAUUAUUACCGUAAGAAGGAAAACAAAGCUCUUGUUCCUGAAUCUGUAUCUAGAACAUUCACCUCCAUUAAAACAGUGUCCUUCAAAAAAGAUAAAGCACCCGCACAUGUACCGAUGGAUAACCCAGGAUACGAGGCAUCAAUUGAGAUGCCAGCAACGCCGAAAAGCACUCGUGACACAACAGUGUUGCAUACAAGUGCUUAAAAUACCUGAUCUUCCUGUGAUAUGGUACUCACAACUUCAGCGCAAACAAAUGGCAAAAAACAACUAUAAACAACCACAUAAUGUAUUUUUAUUCGAAUGUUCACAUUCAGUAUACAACCGCUUGCCACAAAAGAAUUCGUGACCAAUCGCGGCCAGCGCCUAAUGAUCAAGAAUUAUCGUUAUAACUUAUCACUUAACAUACUUUUUCAUCCUUUUGAGUGUUUAUGAUUUUAUCAAUGUAAACGCGAAUACGCCACCGUUGUCCCUUUUGACAUAAACAAAUAGUGGUUACAUUUACAUGGAUGCAUUAGCCAAGCAAUAAAAGACGUGACAAUUGACAGCCACCAAACAUAAACCACGAAUAUUCGAUAUUACAUAUCACGAGACACCCGUUAACCCUUUUGACCGUUUUGAUGUUCGCAUCACAUAGAUACGAGCGGCGAUAUUUCUUCUAACAGGGUUUGAUCAUUACAUUUACGGGGUAGAUUUGUGUCAAUUGAUGCAGGGACAAUUUCAAAUAUUUUUUUUAAAA